UUAUCUAAACAGUGAACUGCUUUGAUCGUUUUCCUAUGCGACUAUUGUGUUUGUUAUUGUAUAGUAAUACUCGAAAGUAAUUCUAUUAAUUUAUAUAUUUCAGUAGUGGAUUUGUGGGUGCUGUAAGUUUGUUUUAUAAGUUAUUAGAAAACCUUCAAUAUAUCGCUCCUAAGGGAACUACUCCGUAGACUCAUGGAAGAGAAUGCGGCAGAUAGUGACAAUGACUACCAUGCGCCUGAAUCAGAGGAGAUGGCCCUAGUGGGUGUAGAAGAUGGUGAAGCCAGGAUGGCGGUGAUGGCUGUGGGAGACGGUGGCAACACGGAGAACGGUGGGGGCCUCCCCGACGAGGGAGGCGAUGACGAGGAAGUGCAGGAGUUUGACAUCAGCCUGCCAGCAACACACUCGUAUCUGGGUACAGACUUGGAGCAGCUGAGCGGGCGGCAAGUGCUGGAGGCGGGCUGGACGGACCGUGUGCCUGGCAUGGUACAUCAUGGAACUUUGUUCCCUGGAGAGACUGUUCCGAUGCUGCUGAAAUCCGAGCCCUACCGGGAUGUGAUUCUUCAAAAGCGGAUGUUCUGUCUGCUCUGUCCAGACGAAGCCGGCAUGAACGUGUCAGGCCUGGGCGUUCUCUGCGAGGUACUGGCCGGAGCCGCGGAGGCCGGCGUAGUGGCCCGGGCCUCCCACCGCGUGCGGCUGAAGCACCCGCGCACCCGCCAAGGAGACGCCUUUAGGAAUAUGCAGAUGUUGGAAGUAGAGGUGCUGCCGGAGUUCGCGCCGGGCGACUCGCUGCGGCCCUUCCGGCUCGCCUCGCUCGACCCGCUGAGGCGGCCGCUACAUACAAGGCAAGAGCGAAUUCUACGUCGUAUGGACGCCGCGACAUCCCCGUGGCCAUCAUUCGUGUGGCAUAUUUUCGACUAUCGCCGUCUGCGCGCGCGCCUCACGGACCACUUUGCCACGCUCAGCCUUGACGACAAGAUGCCGCAGGACGCCGUGUCGCUGUCGUUCUGGGUGGCGUCCAACCUGACGCUGUCGGCGCGCGAUCGGAACGCGUUGUUCGCCGUCGACAACGCAUUACUCCGGUUAAGCCUCGCCCUACGCUUCAUAGACAAGUCAAAAGCAUUAUGCUGCGGCAAUUGCGGCGCAGAACUGUCACGGCGCUCGCACAUGUUCGCCAUGUCCAGUGACGGCGUGCACGCCAACUACACUAAUUAUGGCGGCUUCAUGCACGACGUGGUCACAGUCCGAGCGGCGCACGGCACCCUGCUCGGCCCCCCCAGUGCGGAGUACUCGUGGUUCCCCGGCUACACGUGGUGCGUGGCGCAGUGCAGCGCGUGCGGCACGCACAUGGGCUGGAGGUUCGACGCGAUGAAGCGGCAGCUCCGCCCGGCGCAGUUCUUCGCGCUGUGCCGCAACCUCGUGCUGCCGCGCGCCGAGCGACGACACAGCGACGACGACGACGACGACGACGACACGAUUUGAAUGACUUCUUAUGCUUCACUGUACUUAUAUUCAAUAGUUGCUUUCUAUUUGUUGUUUUUUCUAUAAAAAGGGACCUUAUUGUCGAUGGCGCUUACGCCAUUAUUAACGAUGUUCCGAUAUAAAUACAAUGCCGCGCGACGCCAUCGACAGUAAGGUCCCUUUUCAUAGAAAAUGCCCCAUUUUAUUUACUGUUCUAUAUUUUUUUUAAGAAAUUAAGAUUUAUUUCUACAGGUUUUAUUAGAGUUAAUCCUAAAUUACAUAUUAGUAAAUACAUAUGUAUGUAAGUUAAUUUACAGUCUGCCGCGGAAACAACUAACUUCAACUAAGCUGGCUUGCUCACGUUCGGAUUCUCACAACAAUAAGAACGUUUUCACAUUGUUCGAUCGAUAUCGAAUUAGUACUUCCGAUAAUUUCAAGCAUGUCGGACCGAUAAUAUUUGUUUGUGUGCGUAUAUUUGUAGGCAGGUUUGCUGAAGUGUGCGUGACCGCUGACGCGGACGACCGCCCCACGCCAUUGUGGAUGUAGGAUCCUACAUCCGAUAUCGUAAGAGGGAUUUCAAUCUUCUCGGGUCAGAGGUGUAGGGUUAGAGCCGGCGUAGUUUUAUUGGUCGUUCAUAAGCGGCUACUUGGAAAAUAAACUAUCUUUGUCGAUUCGAUGAUGAUAAAUAAAAAAAAUGGAUUUGUUGUACAUUCUGAUAUUUAACUCUCCAGGUCUCCAUUGCAUAAAUAACGAUAAUUUUCCCUAAAUUGUUAAUUGAAAGUACCCUCAACUCGAGAAAUACUGUUAAGUUUAUACUUACUCGUGUUUAUUAUUUUGCUUUCCCCGUAUUAGAAAUGAAAAGUAGUGCUUAACUAGGGGAAAGGCGACAUUUCAGUCUCGGAUAAUAAUCCGAAACUACCUUGACUGUCAUACAAGUGUUGAGUGCCUUUCAUCCCUUGGUUAACAAUUUCAAUGUGCAGUUUUAAAUAAAGCAGAAUAAUUCAUCAUUUCAUCACUAUCCGGGUCCACACAUAGCGAGCAUACG